AUGGUGGGUUUAUCACUUGGAGAAAAACAUUUCAUACAAGGUGGCAUUGCUCAAGAUCUUCGUUGUGAUGGCAGAAAGAGAUUGACAUACCGACCAAUCUACGUUGAAACUGGAGUCAUUCCCCAGGCAAAUGGCUCAGCAAGAGUCAGAAUGGGUGCCACAGAUGUCAUUGCCAGUGUUAAGGCUGAACUAGGAAAGCCAAGCUCAUUGCAACCUGACAAUGGAAAAGUCUCUAUAAAUAUUGAUUGCAGUUCAACUGCUGAGCCAGCUUUUGAGGGUAGAGGGGGUGAAGAAUUGUCAGCAGAUCUGUCAUUUUCUCUUCAACGCUGUCUCUUGGGUGGUAAAAGUGGAGCAGGUGCUGGAAUUGACCUCUCCUCACUGCUUGUCAUUGAAGGAAAACUUUGUUGGGAUCUUUACAUUGAUGGGCUUGUUGUUAGUUCAGAUGGAAAUUUGUUGGAUGCUCUAGGUGCUGCCAUCAAGGCUGCCUUGAGCAAUACGGGUAUCCCAAGAGUCCAAGUUGCUGCUGGUGCAUCCAGUGAUGAGCAACCAGAAGUUGAUGUAAGUGACGAGGAGUUUCUACAGUUUGAGACAUCUGGCAUCCCCGUAAUAGUUACACUGACUAAGGUUGGGAAGCACUAUAUUGUGGAUGCCACAUCCGAAGAGGAAUCACAAAUGAGCUCUGCUGUUUCUAUCUCUGUUAAUAGGCAAGGCCACAUCUGUGGUAUAGCCAAACGACGAGGUGUGGGACUGGAUCCAAGCAUCAUUCUUGAUAUGAUAUCUGUGGCCAAGCAUGUAAGUGAGCAGUUAAUAAACAGAUUGGAUUCAGAAAUAGCUUCUGCCGAAGCUGAAGAAGAGUCAUGACAGGUGAUAACUAGAAUGUACCUUAAACUUAAAUUGUGUGGUUGACUUGGACAAAAGUUUGUAUCAUGGUAACUCUCACUUGAUAGGGAUUAAAG